CUGCCCACAGUGUGAAACGUCAUGCGGACAUCAUAUGUAUGACACACACACACAUUAUAUUAAUACUGAGAUUCAGAUUCCUUUCUGACGCAUCGCGAGCUGCAUCAAAAUUUCAACCAUGUCCAAGAGCAUUGACAAGUUGCCCCGCGAUCCACAAAUGGUGCAAGCUCUGCGGCGUGAACUCAAUCGCAACACGCGUCGCAUUAGCCAAUCCUUUUGGCAGGAGUUCGAGCAGAUUCGCGAGCAGCAACGAGGUCAAUUGGCACAGGAGCAAAGUGAUCGCGAUAGGAUUACAACGCUGAUGCGUGAGACCAACUUGGAGGCUCAACAACAGCUCGAAGCUUUAAGACGCAGCAUCAGUUCGCAUGGCAUCAAUCCAGCGGCACCUUCGCCUUGCAUGCGACGUGAGCAACCUGCAAUUAUGCCCGCAACUGCGGAGCAGACACAGGAGACAAAAGACAUUCCUCUCCAGCUGGCGACAAAUCGCCAAAAAGUCGCCAUCAAGCGGCGACAAAUGGAUGCAAGGCCAUCGGCAACGGCUUCACCAAAUCUGCCACGAGCACCGCCCUCAUCCCGUGCAACAAUUGUGCCAAACAGUGCCACAUCAAGAGCACAAACUCGAUCUCGUUCCCAGUUCUCGAAGCUGAAGCUAGGCGAGAAGCCAAAAAUAUAAGAGAUGAUGACUUAA